AUGGGCCGCGGCUCCGGGAGCGCGGAGCUGGGUAUGGCCGUGCCGCCCGGCCGCUGCCCCGACUGCCCGGGGCCGGAGCGGGGCGGCGGUGGGACCCCCGCCGUACCCCACCUCGGCAUUGCGGUGGACGAGGGCGAUGUGCUGCCCGGGGCGCUGCGGCUCAUGCGGGAGCUGAGACCCGGCUGGGAGCCGGCCGGGGUGAAGACCAAGCUCUUCACCGAUGGCAUCACCAACAAGCUCGUGGCCUGCUACACGGACGAGGGCAUGGCAGACGCGGUGUUGGUCCGUGUCUAUGGCAGGAAGACGGAGCUGUUCGUGGACCGGGAGACGGAGCUGAGGAACUUCCAGGUGCUGCGUGCCCACGGCUGCGCCCCCGACCUCUACUGCGCCUUCCAGAACGGGCUCUGCUACCAGUUCCUGCCGGGCAUCGCGCUGGGGCCCGACCACGUGCGGGACCCCCACAUCUUCAGGCUGGUGGCCCAGGAGAUGGCCCGGGUACAUGCCAUCCACGCCAACGGGAGCCUCCCCAAGCCCAUCCUCUGGCAGAAGCUGCACAAAUACCUCACCCUCGUGAAGACGGAUCUCAGCCCAAAGGUAUCCAACCCCAGCCUCCAGCAGGACAUGCCCAGCCUGGAGAUGCUUGAACAGGAGCUGGCCUGGAUGAAGGAAACGCUCUCCCAGCUGGGGUCCCCCAUCGUGCUUUGCCACAACGACCUGCUCUGCAAGAACAUCAUCUACGACGAGACACGAGAGCACGUUCGCUUCAUAGACUACGAGUACACCGGCUACAACUACCAGGCUUUCGACAUUGGAAACCACUUUAAUGAGUUUGCGGGCGUGAAGGAGGUGGAUUACCGCCUCUACCCCAGCAAGGAGACCCAGCUGCAGUGGCUGCGCUCCUACCUGCAGGCCUACAAGCAGCUCACCCAGGGGGACCCAGGAGGCACAGGGGUGUCCGAGGAGGAGCUGGAGGCUCUCUACGUGCAAGUGAACAAGUUUUCUUUGGCAUCCCAUUUCCUCUGGGCAUGCUGGGGCCUGAUCCAGGAUAAAUACUCUACCAUAGACUUUAACUUCUUAAGAUAUGCAAAGCUAAGGUUUAAACAGUACUUCAAGAUGAAGCCGGUGGUCACAGCCCUGCAGAUCUCUAAAUAGCAUCUCCGGCCCGUGAGACCCUGAGCUAUU